GGGGCGGGGCGGCCCGGCUGGUUCUCUGCCCAUCCGCGGCUCGGCGGCGACGGCGACAUGGAGAGCGGGGCCUACGGCGCGGCCAACGCGGGCGGCUCCUUCGACCUGAGGCGCUUCGUGUCGCAGCCUCAGGUGGUGACGCGCCUCGUGAGCAUGGUCUUGGCCUUGAUCGUGUUCUCCUGCAUCUUCGGCGAGGGCUACAGCAACACUCAUAACACGGAUCAGUUACACUGUGUGUUCAACCAAAAUGAGGAUGCCUGCCGCUACGGCGGCGCCAUCGGGGUGCUGGCCUUCCUGGCCUCGGCCUUCUUCCUCGUGGUCGAUGCCCUUUUCUCCCAGAUAAGCAAUGCUACCGAUCGCAAGUACCUGGUCAUUGGCGACCUGCUCUUCUCAGCUCUCUGGACGUUCCUGUGGUUCGUUGGUUUCUGCUUCCUGACCAACCAGUGGGCAGCCACCAAAGCUGAGAAUGUGCUUGUGGGAGCGGACUCGGCACGAGCCGCCAUCACCUUCAGCUUCUUCUCCAUCUUUUCCUGGGGUGUGCUGGCUUCCCUGGCCUACCAGCGUUACAAGGCUGGAGUGGACGCCUUCAUUGAGAACUACGUGGACCCCACCCCAGACCCCAACACAGCCUACGCCUCUUACCCCAGUUCCUCCGUGGAAAACUACCAGCAGCCCCCCUUCACCCAGAACGUGGAGACCACUGAGGGCUACCAGCCUCCCCCUGUGUACUGAGCAGCCAGGGGCCAAGAGGCAGGGAGAGUGCUUGGGGCCGCUCCUCUCCCCUGGACUUUUCUCUCUGGAGGUGGCUGCCUGGAACUGCAGUCCCUUGCCUGUUACAGUUGACAGCCAAAGAGCCCAUUUCUGCAUCCUAGCUGCAGCCUGGCAGAGCACACCCGAAGUGCCUGUGCCCAAGGGGUUUCACCACCGCCCAGCCAAUCCUCCAGGGCAUUUUUUAGGAAAGGGUUUUUCACUAAGAUCUUCUCUCUCUGCCAACCCCCGGUACCGGGGAUGGUGCCCAGGGCCUUGAAUUCGCUUAACCAGUGCCACCAAUGAGCUGUGUGCUAGCUCUUGCUGCUUUUGAUAACCCUGGCCCAUCUCAGCCAGAAGCAGAUGCUUGCUUUGAUAAAUGCCAUAGCUUCCCCUCAGCUCAGCUUGAGGCCACCGGAGUCCCGACUAUCUUUUUUUCCUUCCAAAGUCGAGGUUGGGAGUCCAUGCACCUGCCUCCUUGGAGUGCUGGGCCGAGACUACCCACACCCUCACUCAGGUUCACUACCCAGCUUUGGCUGGGCUCCAUGCUCACUGCUGUCUUCUGGGGUCACCACUGCGCCAACUGUCCCAGACUGCUUGCCUGACAGCUGUGGAGCAGGUAGGGGACCGUGCUUAUCUCUUCCCUCUGGCUCCUGCCCCUGGCAGGAGGGAGGAACUUAGCCUGGAGAGAGCACCCAGCUUUAUGUAAAUAUUCCCCAGCAAUUAGAUACCAGUGAGGGCAGGAACCCCUGCACUGAAUGUAUUGGGAGACUUGGUGGGGACCCCCUGCCCUCAGGUUCUGUAGAGUAGUUGGGAGAUGGAAUAAACGGUUUUUUUCUCA